AGUGAUCUGCCCUUAGAGCCUCAACUACAACGGCCAAUCCAGAGGGGCAAAUCCAUCUCCACCAUACAGCUGGGGCCGGUGGAGGACUUGGAGUGUUCAGAAGUAUCUCCGGAACACGUUAACACAAGGAGCCCUUCACAUCAGAGACAGGGGGUUCCUCUGCUGGCCGUGAUGAUAAUCGUGGGAGACAGCCUUCAUAACUUUGCAGAUGGCCUUGUUGUCGGGGCAGCCUUCUCUUCUUCAGCUGAGACCGGCAUGGCGACCACCGUGGCCAUCCUGUGCCACGAGAUCCCGCACGAGAUGGGGGACUUUGCUGUGUUGCUGAGCUCCGGACUCUCGGUGAAGACUGCUGUGCUCAUGAACUUUCUCAGCGCUCUGACGGCCUUCAUGGGCCUCUACAUCGGACUGUUCGUUUCCUCCGAUUUUGAAGUGCAGCAGUGGAUCUUCGCUGUUACUGCUGGGAUUUUCCUCUAUUUGUCACUUGUGGAAAUGCUUCCAGAGAUGAAUCGGGUGAAGACAGACAGACCGUUCCUCCUGUUUCUGCUUCAGAACCUCGGCCUGCUGAUGGGGUGGGCCUGCCUUCUGCUCCUCGCUCUUUUUGAACACAAACUCAAAUUCUAAAAGCAGUGUACAGGAGUCGCCAUGUAUAUCUCUUCACACAGGGUCGAGCCAAAACAAAUGCUAACUUACGUUCUAGUGUUUUUGGAAAUGUAUUCAAGUCAAGUGAGUAUUUCAGAAUAUUUUAGUCGCAGCACUGGAUGGUAAAUGUUAGCUGUAUGAAUUCUCUUUUUUUUUUUAUACUUGAUUUAUUUUUGUAUGUCGCAGACGGUAAAUAGUAACAACUUGAAUUAUGACCUUAUUUCUCAAAUUCAGGUACCAUUGUGCAUAUCGGUUGUGUGUAAAAUAUCUACGAUGCCUCAUGGAAUCAAAUCAUUUGAUUAAACACAAGCAACAUACAAAGUAUCUACUUAUUGGGGAUUUAUGAGCACUUGUGUCCUAAUACAAGUAGAGAAUGUGUCAUUUUGCAUCCUAGAGGCUCUACAUUAUUACAGAUGAUGGCUAAAUGAGAACUCUUAUAUUAUCUUUGUUAGGAAUGAGCUGCAGUAAAAUGCAUUUAUUUUUGAAGCCCUGCUUAGAGAAAUGUUGCUCUCUUGUAGCUUCUCAUCUCAGAGGCAUUGUUCCUUUGUUUUUGAGGCCUCUCUAUGAUCCGAUAUAAGGGCACUUCCACCCACCUGAGCUACUUGUUCCCUUCAUCCACCAACAUGGAUGACUAAUGCUCGCUGUUCAAGACAGAAGCUCUGGAGCGAUGCGGCCCACACAGCGCACACGCUCUUCACCGGCCAGAGUGGGGGGGCCUGCAGGAGGAGGAGGUGGAGGAAGAGAGGGAUUCAUCAGUGCAAUGAGAUAAAUGAAACACAGUAA